AUGACCAUUAUUCUGUUCAGAAUAGCUUUCUUCGCCCUUCUGGCCCCAUCUAUACUAUGUUGUACAGCUCGGGAGCCUGAACAACCAAGCUACAACUCAAACCAUAAUCUGCAUAGGUACGUGAAGUGGCUCAAAAAACAUGGGAGAAGAUACAAAGGUAAUAAUGAAAGGGGAAUAAGAUACGGUAUCUACCAAUCUAAUUUUCAGUAUAUCGAGUAUAUCAACUCACAAAAUCUUUCCUACAAGCUCACUGACAAUAAAUAUGUGGAUCUAACCAAUGAGGAGUUUCAAUCUUUUUAUAUGGGUUAUAAAAGUCAUGGGCAUUCAGAUUCGACCCAUCCCAUCAACAUCACACAGGAUUUGCCAGCAAGUGUGGAUUGGAGAAAGAAAGGAGCUGUAACUCAUAUCAGAGAUCAAGGCAAAUGCGGAGCUUGUUGGGCAUUCGCUGCAGUAGCAGCAACUGAAGGCUUCAACAAAAUAAAAAGUGGUAAUUUAACAGCUCUAUCAGAACAAAUGCUUAUAGAUUGUGAUGUCGACAAUGGUGACACAGGAUGCGUUGGUGGUAUAAUGGAACACGCAUACGAAUUUGUCAUACACAAUGGUGGAAUCACAGCAGCAGAUGAUUAUCCUUAUGUAGCCAAAGAGCAUAAAUGUAACAAAUCAAAAGCUAAAAUAAGUGCAGUUACAAUAAAAGAAUACCAAAAAGUACCUGCUAAGGAUGAGAAAAGUCUAGAAGCUGCAGUCUCCAAGCAACCCGUAUCAGUUGCAAUUGCUGCUGGCUUUCUAUUUCAGCUAUACUCCCAUGGAAUUUUCACGGGUCCCUGUGGUACCCACUUGAAUCAUGCGGUAACAGUGGUCGGUUACGGGGAAGAAAAUGGAACGAAGUACUGGAUUGUUAAGAAUUCUUGGGGUAAAGACUGGGGUGAAGAUGGCUAUAUGAGAAUCAAGCGUGGAACUAGAGGUAGAAAAGGCAAGUGUGCUAUUACAAUGGACGCGACUUACCCUGUCUUGUCUUAGUGUCUUCAUGUAAAGAAAAAAAAACUGACUGCAUCAAUAUUCGAUACUUGUAUCAGGUUGUAAUUAUGAAUACUUUAUGGGUAAGUGAUCAUGGAUUCAUGGCUUCUUGAUACACAA